AUGGACGAGGUGCUGAAAAGUCAGUCAGAACCUACGGGCCUAGAGAAGCCAGAAGAUGAACUGCGUGGCAAGGUUGUCUGGGUGACAGGAGCUUCAAGUGGAAUUGGAGAAGAAUUGGCCUACCAGCUAUCAAAGAUAGGAGCCUUGCUUGCCAUCUCAGCCAGAAGAAAGGAUGAGCUGGAAAGAGUGAAAAAGAAGUGCCUUGAGAUGAGCAACUUGAGUGAUAAAGAUAUCCUUGUUCUGCGUCUUGACUUGACUGAUCGAAGCUCCCAUCAAGCUGCAACCAACAGUGUUCUUAAGCAUUUUGGCAAGAUUGAUGUUUUGGUCAACAAUGGUGGACGUUCCCAACGCUCUCUGUUUGUGGAUACAAACCUGGAUGUCUUCAGUGCCAUAAUGGAACUCAACUACCUAGGUACAAUCUCUUUAACAAAACAUGUCCUGAAUCACAUGAUCCAAAGGAAAAGAGGAAAGAUUGUUACUGUGAGCAGUGUGAUGGGUAUUAUGGGAGCUCCUCUUGCCUCUGGGUACUGUGCCAGCAAGCAUGCUUUGCAGGGUUUUUUUAAUUCCCUUCGGACUGAGCUGACUGACUACCCUGAGAUAAGUAUCAUCAACAUAUGCCCAGGACCUGUGCAGUCUAAGAUCAUACAAAAUGUCUUUACGGAGAAUCUUGCAAAGUCCCUAGAGAACAGUGGUGACCAGUCCCACAAGAUGCCAACCAACCGCUGUGUCCGGCUCACCCUGGUCAGCAUGGCCAACGACCUGAAGGAGGCCUGGGUCAGCGACCAGCCCUACCUGGCCGUGUGCUACCUCUGGCAAUAUGCACCCACCUGGGCCUGGUGGCUGAUGAACAGGAUGGGCAAGAGGAGGAUACAGAACUUCAAGAGUGGAGUGGAUGCUGAUGCCUCUUACUCCAGAAAGAAGAAGUAAGGACAAGUGUGUACAAAAUCCUGCUUGUGCUAAGGCUGACAAGUUUUUCAUAUUGUGUAACUGCAAACAAAAUCUUUUUUUAUCUGUUGUACCUUUGUCAUCCUGUAACAUGACAAAUCUAUCAAGCUGCAUACACAUUUGACUAAAUAAAAAUCUCUAAAC